UCGCUCCCAUCCACGCAGACUCGCUCUCCGCCGAGCCCAAGCCCGGGCGUCCGAAACUACUGGCCCAACUGCCACCGGGACUGCAGGAGACGCCCCGGGGCCCGGUGCGACCUGCCGGGGGCCCCCGCGCCCAGGGCUCCCGCCUUCGCCACUGUCGCCGCCGGGGACGUUGAGGUAAUCAGAUACCCAGAGGCUACAGCGCGAUGUCUUCCCUUCUCAAUGGCAUUUCUGGUGUCCACCUCAGGAGUCUCCUUGGCCAGCCUUGAAACACUUGGAAAUUAAACAGAGAAGCCACACUAUAUAUCCUGGAAAAUCUCCAUCCUGUGUGUUCAGAACUCUCUGAAUAAGCAUAAGGAUUUGAAGGCGCUAACAGAGUGGGAAGCAAGCCAAGAGGACAGCAGUAGGUGUACAGAGGCCAUGGAAUACCCACCAACCAGAUAAUCAUCGCUGGAAUAACUGGAAGUGUCUGAAUGUAGGCUGCGGAAGUCCUGAAGGUUGAUGGAGGGCCAUGCUAUUCAAACAGCAGGCGUGGCUGAGACAGAAGCUGCUGGUGCUAGGAAGUCUUGCCAUUGGGAGUCUCCUGUAUCUAGUCGCCAGAGUUGGGAGCUUGGAUAGGCUCCAACCCCUCUGUCCCAUCGAAGGCCGGUUCGGAGCCCACGGUCAGGCUGAAUUCCCCCUGCGUGCCCUGCAGUUUAAGCGCGGCCUGCUGCAUGAGUUCCGGAAGGGCAACGCUUCCAAGGAGCACGUGCGCCUUCAUGACCUGGUCCAGCAGCUCCCCAAGGCCAUUAUCAUCGGGGUGAGGAAAGGAGGCACAAGGGCCCUGCUUGAGAUGCUGAACCUCCAUCCAGCAGUGGUCAAGGCCUCUCAAGAAAUCCACUUUUUUGACAAUGAUGAGAAUUAUGCCAAGGGCAUUGAGUGGUACAGGAAAAAGAUGCCUUUUUCCUACCCUCAACAAAUCACCAUUGAAAAGAGCCCAGCAUAUUUUAUCACCGAAGAGGUUCCAGAAAGGAUUUACAGAAUGAACUCAUCCAUCAAGUUGUUGAUCAUUGUCAGGGAGCCAACCACAAGAGCGAUCUCUGAUUAUACUCAGGUGCUAGAGGGGAAGGAGAGGAAGAAUAAAACUUAUUACAAGUUUGAGAAGCUGGCCAUAGAUCCUAAUACCUGCGAAGUGAACACAAAAUACAAGGCGGUAAGAACCAGCAUUUACACCAAACAUCUGGAGAGGUGGUUGAAAUACUUUCCAAUUGAGCAAUUUCACAUUGUCGAUGGAGAUCGCCUCAUUGCGGAACCCCUACCAGAACUUCAGCUCGUGGAGAAGUUCCUAAAUCUUCCCCCAAGGAUAAGUCAAUACAAUUUAUAUUUCAAUGCUACCAGAGGGUUCUACUGCUUGCGAUUUAACAUUAUCUUUAAUAAGUGCCUGGCGGGCAGCAAGGGGCGCAUUCAUCCAGAGGUGGACCCCUCUGUCGUUACCAAAUUGCGCAAAUUCUUUCACCCUUUCAAUCAGAAAUUUUACCAGAUCACUGGGAGGACAUUGAACUGGCCCUAAAAUAUUAAGUCAGACAACACUGUGUGUUGUGCCUGGAGACCUGCAAUGUCUCCUCUAGAUUAAAAUAUGCACUUUUUCCUAGACACAACUGUCCAAGUCAUUUUUUCCAUGCAUACUUGUACAUACGCAGUGUGUGACCAAAUAUAAGAUCAGUUCUUUUUCUACUGAGCAUUUACAGAAAACCAGUUUGCUGUCUGCAUAGUUGCAUCUUUUAUGCUAUUUACAAAAAGAAGAGGUGGUGAUAUGGGGGGAAAGUGACUUCCGCUGUUCUCCAAGUGUUAGUCUUCCUUUGAGUCAGAAUUUGUCACCUGCCAUUCUCAUAGAUUUAAGCCAAAAGAUUAGCGUGUGAAAAUGUACCCAUGGCUGUGACGCUUCAGGAAGUGGAGGAUUCAGUUAUGCAUUCUUUUCUAGGGGAAAGCAGGCUCUUUAAUUCAGAGGCUGAAUUGGUGCCAUGCAAAUGGAAAAUACCAUUUUCUUAUUAUUUCAAAGAAUGUCUUAUCACAUAAAAUUGACAUGGUUUCAAAGUUCCCGUGGUGAUUUUGCACUAUCGUUUUCUUGUGUGGACCAUGGUGUCACUUGUAGCAUGUCAGUCACACAUCGGAGAGUCAAGUCCUUUUACUUCCAUGUUAUAUGUCAGCAAAGAGAGAUGUCAUGUACAUAAUGUAUAUUGUUGUACAUACUGGUUUCACACUAAGUAAUUCUAUUUUGUAAACUGAAUAUGGCUAUUUAAUUUAUUGUGAAAAUUAAAUUUAUUGUCGUAUUUAAAAAAUGGAAUGGAUUAAAAUUACUCUACGUGCAAUUCUUUUUAACUUCUUUUGUUUUAUGUGCCGCCUGCUUGGCUCCCAAAGUCAAAGCUGUUUAUGUGCACCUGAGAGCACUUGGGAAGAGGCCCUUCUCCCUUAGAUGUCUGUAGCCUUGUGAAAAUGUAGUUAUGAAGUGGGGUUGAGUGUAUUUUUAAAAAUAUCUCAGCCAUCUGGAAAUCUAGUCUGAUAGCCACCUCAAAGAGGACUGGUGCUUCUCUGCUGCAACUUUGUAACCAUUAACUUAACCUGCAGAUGCUCCUGGUGCCAGGAGAGAGACUAGAAAUACCUUAACGUAAUCAAGGCAUAGGAGCAUCCCAAUUUUAUUUGAACCUCUAAUCAGAGCCAGACCCACUGAGAUAUUAAAUAAGAUUAGAAAACUUCCAUAGCCUUUGUGCUGAAAGCUGCUGAUGCUUCAAAAACAAAUGCAAACUCUCUAACUCCCUCUUUGAGAUGAAAAUACAUCAGCCUGCUCAGAAAUGAUCAAAUUGUGUAGUGUUGCCAUUACUAUCGUAAACAUAUGGCUCAGAUUUCCAUCUAGAGAAAUUAAUGUUGAAUUGGGUGCUUGCUAACAUCAGAUACCCUGUAUUAUGCUUAAAUAUCAUUCGGAAAACCUGGGAAAGAAGUAUCAACAGAAAAAAAAGUGAAUUUUUCACAAUCAUGUUGCUUAUCCCGUGGAAGAUGUUAGUUUUGUCCACAUAAAGAGUGCCUAGCAAAUUACAAUGGAUUCCCUUUUGAUUGUACUAAGUGUUGAUUUUCCUCCAUGAGUUGUUCAUCCUGUCCAGUGAUUCGAUGUUGAACUUUUCUAAAUAAAUAGCCCUUUCCCC